AUGCCUCGACCACCUCUCGCUCGUUUUUGUUCGGCUUCUGCGGAAUUGUUGGAUCUGAAUACUCUGUGGUACAAAGACCUUGAGUAUUAUUUAUUGGAAUUACAUGAAUUUGUACAAAUUUAUAUCAUAGAGCAACAAGUUCUCACAUCGGAUCAAGCCAAACACUUGUUUCAUCAAAUGUAUCAUUUAGAACAGUUUUUAAAAAUUACAUCCGAGAUGAGAACAUGUGAGCAAGAAAUCAUUUCGGAUUUGAGGAAACAUGAAAAAGAAACAUCCAUCAACUGCUUCAACAUUCCCAAGGAUUUGUCUAACGAAACGCUCAAUGAAAUUGCAAUUUUUUUGGCUAGAUUGAUGGAAAAACAAUUAUUUCAUUUUAAUAUUUUAUUUACCAAUGAUGAAUAUAUUCACUGUUGCUUGUUUUUUAUCACAUGCGACGAUUGGAUUCGAAUACUGCAAGAUAUUCCCAAAAAAACCAAUGAAUUCAGAAAAUUGAAUAAGAGAAUUCAAAAUCUAUCAUUGCCAUACAAGAGUUCACAACAGUGUCUUUUUUAUUUUCACUGCAUAAUGUUUAGAGGCAAAAUUCCUAGAUAUAUUUUGAUGUUUAAAGAGUUGCUUAGAUAUUCCAAUUCAUUAACAUUUAAUGAUGAAACCGAAUCGUCGAGGUUUAUUCUGAAAAUCCAAGAAGUGUUGGCGUUAUGUGACAAAAUUGCACAUGGUGCCAAUCAAUAUUUAGCACUGAGAGAAAUUGUGGAUCAACUACCAACGAAUGUACUUCUUUCAAAGAUUUAUGUUGGAUUGACUGUUGUCAUCGAGAGGCACCAUACUGAAGAUACGAAUUCUAAAAAAGGAUUACUUUCAAAAUUGCUCAAGCGAAAGAAACACUCUUCUCAUUUAGGCCAAGCGAGUUCAACAAAAUCAGAACACUAUGAAAAUGGAUUAUUAAUAAUGUCUAAGAAAGGAUAUGUCAUGUGUUACAAGAAAGCCAGCGAUGAACUCAUAGCAUGCGGGUCAGGAUGCGGGUCAGAUACCACCAUAUGUGAAAUCUGGAACGCAAAAGAAAACAAAUGGUUUAGAAAAUACGAACAAGUCAUCCAUCCAAUACGAGUGACUGAUUUUGAUGUGCAUAGUAAUACUUUCACAACAGAUCUAUACUUGUCAGAUAAUAGUACCAGUAUUCAUAUUGUUCCAACUAACGUAGAAGGAAGUAAUGCCAUAUUGAAUACUGAUCAAGACAACACACAUGAUGGAUCAACACACUUGCAAUUUUUAUUUGAAAAUGAGAAUGAAUGUGGGAGGGUGUGGAAUUACCUGGUGGGUUUGAGGUCACAAACUUCUGGACCUGCACAGAUCAUGUCACAUUUUAGACGGUUUCACAAGUUGUACUCUCCAUAUGAGCAUGCGUUUCAAGAUGUCCUUUUUAAAUUUGACAUGGAUCACGAAGUUUGGUAA